AUGAAGUUUAUAAUUCUUGCAUUGUGCGUUGUUGCAGCUGCAGCUGAUCCUCACUGGUUCAUGAUGGAUGCUACUGAAGUAGAUAGCGUUAAGCAUACAUGGGAGUCAGUUAAGCAUAAUGAAGUUGAUAUUCUUUAUGCUAUCUUCAAAGCAUAUCCAGACAUCAUGGCUAAGUUCCCACAGUUUGUUGGAAAGGAUCUCGAAAAAAUAAAGGAUUCUGGUCCAUUCGCAGUUCAUGCAGGUAGAAUUGUAGGAUUCUUUGGCGAAUACAUCACUCUUCUAGGAAAGGAAUCGACACAACCAGCCAUCAAGACUCUCUUAAAUGAAAUGGGACAAAACCAUAAAGGACGUGGAAUUCCAAAAACUCAAUUCAAUGAAUUCAAAACCGCUGUUAUGUCAUACCUUAGCACACACGGUGAUGGAUAUAAUGCUCACUACUUUGAUGAUGUCUUUGACAAGAUGUACUUUGUUAUCUUCAGCAAUCUUGAUGGACAUCCAGUUUAA